AUGAAUGAGGAGGCGCAGAACCACUCAGCCUUUUUUAUCAGGGUGAAGAACCCAGCUGAGCGGGACGAAUUAAAACCUGGAGACCUCGUUGAGAUCUUCCGCUCGGCUUAUCAGCACUGGGCCAUCUACGUAGGGGACAAGAUGGUUGUCCACUUGGCUGCCGAAUGCGACCACCUGGCAGAUGGCAUUCCCCUGGCGCUCACGUCCAGCGGGGCUUUCGUCAAAAAGGACUGGCUGGAGCACGUGGUGCGGAAGGACCGCUACCGAGUGAACAAUAAAUAUGACGAGACACACUCGCCUCUCCCCCUCUCCAAGAUCCUCUGGCAGGCUGAGGAGCUGGUGGGGAAGGAGAUGCCCUAUGACUUGACACCCCACAACUGCGAAAAUUUCGUUUUGGAGCUGCGAUAUGGAGUUGAUAUGAACGAACAGGUGCGAGUUCCGUUGUACGCUUAG